GGUCGAACCCAAAAAUAUGGAGUUGGGUCGAGGAGGAGAUGGUGGAAGAGGAGGCCCAGUAAUGCUGGCUACCAGAGGAGGAGGAGGCGGUGGAGGGGGAGACAGAGGGGACAGGGGGAGGCAAAGACCUAACACAAGACGCCGUGGUCCUACUGGAGACUCUAGGCCACGCCCUCAGUACAACAAUAGACCAAGGGGAGAUUAUACAGUUCAAGGUCCAAUGAGGAUAUUAACAAAACCCAAUGAUAGACAUCCAGUUAUGCCUGGAUCAGUUUCCAUAAUGCAGAGAGACUCCUCGUCAACAGGAGGGAGCGAGACUCCAAGUUCUCCUCACAUACAAAGUCCCGAACUGAACCCGCCCCCCGGGGGUAUUAUCCAGCCGCCUUCCGGUCAUCCGUCUCAUUUUUCUUCUACAAAUCAUUUUGGGUCCUCAAUGAAUCAUGAAGGAGGAGGUGGGAUCAAGAAGCCGAUGUCUAGAAGGCCGCCUGACGGAGUCAGCAGUAGUCCCAGUAACUAUACACCAUUGCAACCUUCGGGGAGACCAGGAAGGCUUGACAGGGAUGCUGUUGGUGGUAUGGGCACUGGUUUUAACAGAGUUGAGUCCGCAGGGUUUCUUAGCACAGUACCCAACGACACAGUGACUGUCAAACUAGCUGAUAAGUCUUUAUGCUGGGAGGACAGAGGCUCUGAGUAUUUAAUGGAUCAAUCAGAUUUCCUAGUGGUUGGUUCCCUAGGUAGACAAGGAGUUGGUAAGUCCACCAUUAUGUCAAUGCUCGCUGGAACUAGGACUGGAUCAGGAAGACCUUAUCUUUUUAAAACACAACCUAAAGAUGUACAGGAGAGUGGUGGAUAUACUACAGCUGGCAUUGACAUGGCUGUGACCAGCGAACGAAUACUGUUAUUGGACACACAGCCUAUACUCAGUAAUGCUCUGCUUGAGGACCAUAAGUCAGAGGGUAUAGUCCCUGCUAGUCUCUCUCCUGAUAGCUACUUGGACGUUCUUUCUCUCCAAAUGGCCAUUUUUCUUUUCACCGUCUGCCACGUUGUCAUAAUAACAAUGGAGUCCGGCGACGUUGAUGUCAUAUUUAGGUUUUUGUGGACUGCCGAGAAACUGAAGUCGACUUGUUGCAAGAGUCCUGAUCAACAAGACAUGAGUGAUGGAGCCACUCCUGAAUAUUUUCCUCAACUUGUAUUUGUUCUCAAUCAUGCUACUCCUGACGACUAUCAACCAGCUGCUCUUAAAGAGCUCCACUCACUGCUGGCUGAGAAUUUCUUUGGAGCUAAAGUCACCAUCGCAGGAGGCAUGUCUCUAGCUCGCUCUGGUCUUGUACCGGUUGGUAAGUUGAUUCCCCCCGAGCACAAGGACUGGAGUGGGACAGUAAAACCAGGAGCGCCUCAAGAGGAAUGCAACAUUAAUCUUCAUCUCUUGCCGACUAACAUAAACCCUCAGGAUAACUUUGGAUCUCAUUGUGUCAAGAGAACUGACAGAGAGGAUGCUGGUCUUAAUCCAAUUCUGAGUCUCAUUAGGCCCAUGUAUCAAGGUCAUCCCAGUUUCCAGUUAUUAGCCGAAACUCUCCGAAACCAAAUAUUUAUGAUGCCACGCCCUUCACUCCGCCCAUCUCAUGGCUCUACGAUAGCCCAACAGCCACAGCCGCCACAACCAAUGUUUGAGAGAGACUGGUACGAUUAUGCUCGGAGGUCUCUGGCUGCCAUUAAGAAAUCAAAUGUUGCCCACGAACACAAGAAGCUUUUGCGUGACUUGCAACUCCAGCAGCAAAGAUAAGUCACGAAGUACACCAACCAUUCAGAACUAUUACUAACAACGAGAGAAUAGGGAACAACUCUAAUUAAUUAAAGGAGGUGGAGCUUUUGAGGGGAAAGGAGGUAGGAAAGGGAAAAGAUUGUUUCAGUGUGUGUUACUAUAAAUAGCUGGAGGUGUGAGGGGGUGGGGUCGCCCCGCCCCCUCCUUUAAUCAAUCAAAUGCUCAUAUGCCUUUGUCUUUCUCUCUCUCCAAUUUUUCUGAUUAAAAAUUAUUUUCUACACACUAUAAAACUUACUGGAUGUAUACAUUAUUGUUUUUUGUCUUUACAAAACGUGUUUAUACAUUAUUAUUAUUAUCAUUGUUAUUUUUAGUUUUGUUGGUUUGUUACACAGUGCAAUUGUGUGAUUUCUUUAUCUCUGGUGUAUUAAAUAAUCAUUUAACAACUUUAAUUUAUAUCAUUAUUAUUUUUUCAACAUAUUCUUUACUACAAAAAAA